CAUCCCUUUCCGUUUGUGUGAGGGACAGGGCGCCGCGUCACGCGAGGGCAGGUCCCGGAGUUCCCCGCGCGGCGCUUUCCGUUCCUCCUCGUUUUCCGUUCCUCCCGGCGGCCGUUGUGAAUGCUCCGCUAUGCGCUCCCUCGGAGGAUUCUUGCUGGUCCUGGGGACGGCCACGGCCGCCCUUUACUUGCUGUCUGUGCGGCUGCCCGGAGAGCCGCGCGCGGGGAGCGGGUCACUAAAGUUUCCUUCAGACCUAGAGGAACUGCAAAAGCUUGCAGAGUUUCUACGGUACUACAAUAGAGAACACCAUACUUAUGUGCUGCUGCUGUUCUGCAGUGCCUACCUAUACAAACAGUGCUUCGCCAUACCUGGCUCCAGUUUUCUGAACAUCCUUGCUGGGGCUCUCUUUGGACCAUGGAUGGGACUCCUGUUGUGUUCUGCCUUGACUUCGGUGGGUGCCACUUGCUGCUAUGGGCUGUCCAAUGUGUUUGGGAAAAAAAUUGUCACCACCUAUUUUCCUGAUAAGGUGGCCAUGCUUCAAAGGAAGGUAGAAGAGAACAGAAAUUCCUUAUUUUUUUUCUUGUUGUUUCUGAGGCUGUUUCCCAUGACUCCAAACUGGUUUCUGAAUCUCACAUCUCCAAUCUUGAACAUCCCUGUUACUCAGUUCUUCUUCUCUGUAUUCAUAGGCCUCAUCCCGUAUAACUUCAUCUGCGUCCAGACUGGUUCAAUCCUUUCACAGAUCACCUCCCUUGAUGCCAUUUUCUCCUGGAGUACUCUGUUCAGGAUGUUGGCUAUAGCCAUGGUCGCAUUAAUUCCUGGGACCUUCAUUAAGAAAUUCAGUCAGAAGCAUCUCAACUUGGACAAAAAUAACCAGAGUCCCCAUUUCCUCAAUGGGAGAAAGAGUAGCUGAAUGGGCUGGGUUAGAGCCAGAUAUUAUAGAAGUCUAUUUAUGGGAAAGGUGCAAUCCCCCCCCCCACCAGCCCAUUUUGUUCUUACUGAACUUUAAAAUCCCUGGUACAGGCUUGGGCAUCUCCUUUCAGUAACCUAGACAAGAGAACAAUUUCUGCUCUGUGUGUUUUUUUAAAAAAAUAAUUAGACUUGGAAAACUCAUUUUUAAAAGGUGCUCGCAACUGUUCCAAUGUGUUCUGUAACAAGAAUGCUGUCAUUGGAACAGUUUUAUGUCAUGUGGUUUUGCUACCACUGACUUAGAGGUUGUAAAUGAUAAUACCUGCCUUGAAAUUUGAGGCUGCUUCCUACAUGACAGCAAAUUCAGGAAAAGAUCACAUACAAAGCACCCCUUACUGUUGGCAAUCGCAGUGCAUUCUAUGGGACACACGCUUGACUGGCUGAAAUACCAGCACCAACAAUUGAAUCCUAUUAUCUUCUCUUGAGGGAACACAUCUUGAGUGAUUUUUCCUUCCUCUGCCUGCUUGGGAAUCCCAAAGAAGAAAACUAGGUUAAUGUAGGCUCAGGGAACUAUUGAGGCUUGGAGGACUGAUUUAUUGCUUUCCUUUCCUUGUAGGCUGUAGAAGUGGUGGUAAUGAAGUCCGCAUACUGGCUUUGUUCUCAAAGCCUCAGCACCUUGGUUACUCUGGCAGCAGCAACUGUACUUACUGUAAAGGUAGAAUGGGUUUAGCAGAAUUACGUCAGUGCUGUUGCUUUUGCAAAUCUAAGAGAUCUAGUUAAGGAUGAGUAGGGAGAUGAGAGAUGCCACUUCUACAUCUGCCUUUGUGGGGAGCUACCGAGGUGUAAAGUACUCCUACAAUCGUACUGACUGCUGAUGAAAUGGAGUAUCUUCCACUUAGUUGCAAUUCCCCAGCAGAGUAUACUAUGUAAAAUGGCUCCGGGAUAUCUCUCUGUUCAGGUUUUGCGUCCAUUUUAACCGCCCUAUCACUUUUUGUGUGCAUCCUGGAAAACCACAUUCUCUGCUUAUGCUGUAUUUUGUUUUCAUUGAAUAAUGGACAUGGUUGUGUUGCUAGUCCAUUAGAUAAUCCACUGCUUAAGGGGUGAGAAAACUUAUUUGCAAGUGAGGUCAUCCUUUUUCCUUUGCUUCUUAAAGAAUAUACAAUCAGCCCAGAGAUGAAGCCCGAUCACUUCAUCUCCGUAUUCUGCACCCCACCCCCUUAGAAAGUAUUUGGUAGUGGUCAACAGCCACUAUUACAAAAAUCUUUCAUUGAGUUACCUUUUUGACAAGGGUCUAAUUCUCACUGAAGUUGUAGAAUUGGAAGGGACUCCGAAGGUCAACUGUGAAGUUUUAACUGGGCAAAACCACUACUUCAGAAUGCAGGUGAAGAUGUGUGCUUUUAUGUUCUAUACAAAAAUGAAUAAAAUCCCUUCAUAUAGAACACUAGGUGUUGGUAAGGCAGCUAACCUAAACCCUUUUUUGCUGUUCGAUGUGACAAUCUGACCACCUCAAGUGUAAGUAUUAGGUUAAUGUUUCAGGAACUCCUGCAUGGAUUGUUGGGUUUCUUGUGAAAAUUAUUAAUCUACCAUAUCUGUGCUGAAAGAGGUGGCUUUGUUAAACACUUUGCUAUCCUCCACUAAAGUAGUGGCAUUAUGCUAAACUUGUCAACAUUAAUGACAAGCUUCUCAGGAUGGUAUUAGCAGACUCCAUGUAUGUGCUAUGUGCUAGAGAGAUCGUAAUAAACACUGGUGUAACAAUUGUAGCAAUUUGGAACUGAGACAAGGGCAAAAGAAAAAUGUCUGACUUCAAUUAGUCAGUGCAAAAAUUAUGUCUUAAUCAAGUGCCUUACCUCCUGUGUGUGUGUUUACAUGGAAACUGUAUUAUCAGAUAAAUGUUAGUGAAAAC